GUGUAAGAUCCAUUUUGAAUGCUUUGUGUGUUCGUGAAAAUCCCUCCAUGUAUAUACUUGCACUUUGUUCCUAUUGAUUCUUUUAGUCGUACAAUGUUAACUUUUUGACUACAGUUGAAUUGUUAAUAUUUGUAUUUUAUUAUAGUUUUUGUUUUUACCACACCUUCACUAAUUCCCUAUGCUUCUUCCCGAACUGCACUUAUGUUGUUUUACUUUAUACUAAGUCUUGGCGGCAGCCAUUUUGGUUUGUUCCUGUUUGUGAUUGCUUGACCUGCGUUGACUGGGACUGUGCAUUUUUGUUGUGAAUUGAAGCACUCUUCCAGAAUUGAAAACACUCUGGGUUAUAGAGCGACCAAGUAUUACCUUUUGAACGAAUCUGUACGUGAUCUAUCCAGACAGGAUAGAAUAACAUUUAUUUGUGGUGAUUGGUAAUUUUCUUGCAUCCUUUAUCAACGUUCUUAUUUAUUAUAGUUUAGAGUUGAUCAAUUAAACAAUUAUUGGUUGGAUAGCUGAGUGGUUAUAUUUGUUUAGAACCGCUAUCUUACCCAAUUACUUUGUUUUGGUUUCAAUCGGGCGAGGGCGCGUAUCUAACUCAUCCAGACAGCUGUCCAGCAGUCCAAACGUAGUUUGGAUCUUACAGUUCUAAACAAAUAUUUGGUCGAAUUCGUUUGGCUUUCGUUUCGUUGAUUCCAAUCAUCGUCUCUGGGAAUAUCUGGUCGUUCGCUUCCGAUGCCAAACAAUCGUCGAAGGAAAUUAAGUCCAAGGCUUGUGGAUGUUAAAAGAGAUGAACAAAAGGAUGGAUCCCCUCAAUCAAAGCAAGUGCCUUCUGAUGCUUCUAUGUGUCAUGGUUCAUAUUCUAAUAGGGACGAUUGUAAUUAUAGUGAAUCUAGUUGUGAUAUAAUGUCAGAUGGCAUAGAAAACCUUAAUUUAGACGUGAAGCAAGCAAAAGACGUAAGGCCGUCGGCGUUUUUCAUAGGUCCAGAGUUACCAAAGGUUGAGUUAAGUUAUUUCGACGGUCAACCAAGAGGUUACUGGAAGUUUUUAAGGGAGUUUGAGACCUAUGUGGAAUCAAGGGUCAAGGAUGAUGGUCAACGCUUGCUUUAUUUGAUACAUUAUUGUAAGGGUAAAGCGAAAACAGCCAUUGAGGGUUGUGUUAUGUUGGAAGCCUCUUUUGGUUACAAAAAGGCCAAAGAAAUUCUAAAACGGUUGUUCGGACAGGCGCAUGUAAUCGCUCGGGAGACUUUAGAGGACUUAUUCAAAACUACAAAUGUUGAUUACAGUGAUCCUGAGCAACUAACAAAUCUAGCUAUUAGGAUGGAAAAUUGUUCUAUGGUUUUGAAACAGAUGAAGUAUACUGCCGACUUAAAUUCUUUAAUUACCUUAGAGAGAAUAGUAGGACUCUUACCUCAAGUUAUGCAAGCCCAAUGGGCGGACUGGGUAGAUGAAUUGACUGAAGAUAAUAGAGAACCGACCUUUGACGAGCUUACACAAUUUAUAGCAUCCCGCGCGAGGGUAGCUAAUAGUAGGUUUGGACGGUUAGCGAAUCGUCCGAGAAAGGGACACAACGUAAAGACAAAUUGUCACUUGCAAUUGGAGCAGGCGAAUAAUUCGAAAGAGAAAGCUAAAUGCAGUGUGUGUUCCCUAGACCAUGCUAUUUAUAAAUGUCCAAAAUUUUUAGCGCUUACCGUUCAAGAGAGAUGGUCUCACGCGAAGGUUAAUGGCAUCUGUUUUGUCUGCCUCAGGCAAGGGCAUAAAGUUAGUGAAUGUAAGCUGGCAAAACGUUGUAACGUUGAGGGUUGUGAAAGGAAACACCAUUCUUUGUUACACAGCGAGAGUGAGAAACCUGGUACCUCGAGUUGUUGCGGAUAUACUAAAUCACUAAUCAGUCAAGUGUGUUUAGGCAUGAUUCCCGUACGGUUGAAAUCGCGAAAAGCCGAGAUUGUGGGUUACGCUCUGUUGGACAACGGUUCUGAUGUAACACUGAUAAAAUCAAACUGUUUGAGGUCUCUCGGGCUGAGCGAAGACGAAGCAUCAGUGGUAGUUGAGACUGUGGGCGGUAUUAGAACAAUGAAGGUCACGAGUGCGCCUUUUGAGGUACAUUCUUUAGAUCAAUCUGAACAUGUUACUAUUGAAGGAGCUCUGGUUGUAGCGAGUAUACCAGGUCAUAAGCCAACAAAAUCAGCAAUGAACAACCUAGUUAAGUGGCCGCAUUUAAGUGAUGUGCCAAUAGAUAGCCUAGACUCUGAAGAAGUUUUACUGUUGAUUGGUUGUGACGUACCAGAAGCACAUUGGGUGUUAGACCAACGGUUGGGUGGAAGGAAGAACCCGUACGCUGUGAAAACGUUGCUGGGGUGGACGGUUUUCGGACCCGCGUCAUAUUCGGAACAUAGGAAAAGAGUUGUUAAUCAUACCAGUAAAUUACAGACUUUGGAGAACGAAAUACGUAAACUUUACGAUGUAGAGUUUUCUGAUGUUUAUUCAAAUGAUAAAUCAGUAUCACUAGAAGAUAGUGCAGCUAUAAGGAUUGUGGAAGAGGGCACACGCUUUGAAAAUGGUCAUUUUGUAGUUCCUAUACCAUGGAAAGUGAACCCAAAUAUGAAAGGGGGGAACUAUGAAGUGGCAAGCAGUAGACUACAGAGUUUGAAGCGUAGAUUGUUGAAGGAUGACAUUCUGUAUAUCAAGUAUACGAAAGGUAUUGAAAGUAAUUUUAUUAAGGGCUAUGCGGAGAAGAUCCCUGAAAUGCAAUUGCAACCUAGUUAUCGCCCCCGGUGGUACUUACCUCAUCAUGCAGUUAUAAACCCGAAAAAGCCAGAAAAACUGAGAGUGGUCCUAGACUGUGCCGCCAAAUUUGCAGGCGUUUCUCUAAAUGAUAUGAUUUAUCAAGGACCCGACACAACUGCUGAGUUAGUGUGUAUAUUAUUGCGUUUUCGCAAAGAAGCAGUCGCAAUCUCUGCGGAUGUUGAAGAAAUGUUCAUGCAAGUGAAGGUCCCUGAGUCUGAUCGAGGAGCUUUAAGAUUUCUGUGGUGGCAGGAGGGAGAUAUGUCGAGAGAACCUUCCGAGUUUCAAAUGACAUCUCAUCCAUUUGGUGCCAUAUCUUCGCCGUUUUGCGCGAACUUUGCCUUGAAUAAGACGGCCCAAAUAUUCUCUGAUGGUUAUGAUGGCUAUGUCGUAGAUGCUGUUAAAAAUAAUUUCUAUGUUGAUGAUUGCUUGAUAUCCUUUUCUACUUGUGACCAAGCAAAGAGUUUCGUUAAGCAGAUAAGUGAAUUAUUAUGUAGAGGAGGCUUCAAACUAAAGAAAUGGGUUACCAACUCGGAGGAGGUAAGGACCAUCUUGCCUGAUGUAUGUAAAGAGCAGUCCUUGAUAGAAAUGUCAACGAGUUACGACACUACUCAUCGAACCCUAGGUGUAGAAUGGGAUUUUAAACAAGAUGUAUUUAAGUUUUACUUUGAUACACCGGAAAGGCCUCUGACUAGGAGAGGUAUUCUAUCUAUAGUUUCUUCUCUGUUCGAUCCUCUGGGUCUAAUUGCUCCAGUCUGUCUUACUGCCAAACUGCUCUUGCAAAAAUUAUGUAAGUCCCAAAUAGGCUGGGAUCAGCCUCUGAACGAGCCAUACAUAUCCGCAUGGCUAAGCUGGGUAAAUUUUAUGCGUCAGAUAGGUCACGUCACGAUAGCUCGAGGUAUCAAGAGGAGAAUCGACGAACCCGACGCGAAAGUGGAAUUGCACUUGUUCAGUGAUGCUUCAGAGGUUGGUUAUGGAGCAGUUGCUUACGCACGAGUCAGUUAUUUGAAGGAACCACCAUAUUGUAUCUUGUUGUACAGCAAGUCUAGGGUAGCACCUAUCAGACAAGUCACUAUACCGAGACUUGAGAUGGCGGCAGCGGUGUUAAGUGUGAGGCUUAGUGAAGUAUUACGGAGAAGUCUGCCUAAUUUUUUCUGCAAAGUAAACUUCCAUACAGAUUCCAUGAUAGUGUUAUACUACAUUAAGAAUGUCGAGAACCGAUAUAGCACCUAUAUAGCCAACCGCCUCGCCGUGGUUCACCAGUAUACGAAGGUUGAACAAUGGAAUUAUGUAAAGUCGUCACACAAUCCAGCUGAUUGGACUUCAAGAGGUAUACAAAAAAUGACUGAUCUGGAAUCUUGGUUCAAAUGUCCUACCUUACUGCAUGGCGAGUUCUGUACAACAAUCACGGACUGUCCGGAACCUACUCCUGACGAUAUUGAGUUUAGAAAAACCGCUGUGGUUAACUUGGGUAGUGUAAAGCACAACAUGUCACCUAUUCUCUCUUAUUACUCCGAGUGGUUGAAAUUAGUCAGGGCCGUAGCCUGGCUUAGAAGGUUCAUAGAAUUCCUGAUGGUGCUUCGUUCACCGAGUCAUGAAGGAUCCGUUCAUCUAGGAUGUUUAAAGGUCAAAGAACUUGACAUCGCCAAGCGUAAAAUUUUAUUGAUGGUUCAGAAAGAAGUGUAUGGAGAAAUAUUUAGUGGAUUUAAAAACGAUAGUAAAGUAGUUAGUCACAAUGAUCUGAAGGGCUUAUCACCGAUAAUGCUUGAUGGGUUACUCUGCGUUGGAGGUCGACUAAGCUACUCAGAUUUCUCAAAUGCCUUCAAACAUCCAAUAAUAUUGCCCAGUCGACAUUUAGUGACAGAAAUGAUAAUUAGACAUUAUCAUAAGGAACAAGGUCACACAGGAACGUCACAAGUGCUAGCCACGAUUCGGAAAAGUUAUUGGAUAAUAAAAGGGACCAGCACGGUUAAGAGAGUGAUAGGAAAGUGUGUGAUCUGCCGGCGGUAUACGAUGGUUACAGGGCAACAAUUGAUGGCACCACUUCCAGCUUGUAGAGUGCAACAAGGAUGGUAUAGCUUCUCGGCCGUGGGAGUAGAUUACUUUGGACCCCUUUUUGUCAAAAGAGGAAGAUCAUUAGAAAAAAGAUAUGGAUGUGUAUUUACUUGCUUGCAAACCCGAGCAGUACAUAUUGAAAUGACACAUAGUUUGAAUACUGAUUCGUUUAUAAUGGCCUUGUUACGUUUUAUUGGAAGAAGAGGGAAACCUGCCGAAAUCUACAGUGACAAUGGGUCAAAUUUCGUGGGUGCGGUCUCUGAGUUAAGGAGAUUUGUGCAACAGUUGAAUCAACAGAAAAUAGACAAAGAACUGUCAGCUAGGCAGAUUCAGUGGCAUUUUAACCCGCCCUCAGCCAGCCACAGGGGUGGGGUUUGGGAAAGGAUGAUUAGGUCCAUACGCCGACUGUUAUUGCUGAUAACUAGAGAGCAGACUCUAACCGAUGAGACUUUAAACACUUAUUUGAUUGAGAUUGAAAGGAUAUUGAACGAUCGACCCUUAACUCCGGUCGUUCAAGAUGCUAACGAUAAACUAGCUUUGUCGCCAAACAGUUUGUUGUUAUUGAGAGAAUGUGACGGAAUAGUCGAAGAAGGUAGCAUCAGAGAUAAAUAUGACAAACGUUGGAAACAGGUUAAUCAUCUUGCUAAUGUGUUUUGGAAAAGGUGGUUAAGAGAGUAUUUACCAUCCCUACAAAAACGUCAAAAGUGGUUAGUUGAACACCGCAAUUUUCAGAAAGGGGAUGUAGUGAUCGUGGCUUCGGACAUAUCGACGCGUGGAAAAUGGCCCUUAGGAGUAGUUGAAGAUUGUGAAAUAGAUGACGACGGAAGAGUUAGAACAGUGGUUGUUCGUACGAACGGUGGAUUAGUCAGGAGAGAUAUACGUAGAUUAUGCCUCCUUGAAGGCUCGAAUUAGUUCCUCGUAUUAUCAAUGUAGGUAGGUCGAGUAGGCGUACUGUUGUAAGUCCUAUUCAUUCCUAUAGUGUCAUCUGCUACAUAAUGAACCAUGACCAUAGGCGUCAAGGUAGCUUGUGUGAUAUGGAGGGAUUUUGGGGGCCGGUGUAAGAUCCAUUUUGAAUGCUUUGUGUGUUCGUGAAAAUCCCUCCAUGUAUAUACUUGCACUUUGUUCCUAUUGAUUCUUUUAGUCGUACAAUGUUAACUUUUUGACUACAGUUGAAUUGUUAAUAUUUGUAUUUUAUUAUAGUUUUUGUUUUUACCACACCUUCACUAAUUCCCUAUGCUUCUUCCCGAACUGCACUUAUGUUGUUUUACUUUAUACUAAGUCUUGGCGGCAGCCAUUUUGGUUUGUUCCUGUUUGUGAUUGCUUGACCUGCGUUGACUGGGACUGUGCAUUUUUGUUGUGAAUUGAAGCACUCUUCCAGAAUUGAAAACACUCUGGGUUAUAGAGCGACCAAGUAUUACCUUUUGAACGAAUCUGUACGUGAUCUAUCCAGACAGGAUAGAAUAACAUUUAUUUGUGGUGAUUGGUAAUUUUCUUGCAUCCUUUAUCAACGUUCUUAUUUAUUAUAGUUUAGAGUUGAUCAAUUAAACAAUUAUUGGUUGGAUAGCUGAGUGGUUAUAUUUGUUUAGGUAAUAAUGUACACUUAAAUUUAUGAUAAAUUAUAGAACCGCUAUCUUACCCAAUUACUUUGUUUUGGUUUCAAUCGGGCGAGGGCGCGUAUCUAACUCAUCCAGACAGCUGUCCAGCAGUCCAAACGUAGUUUGGAUCUUACAAACAGUUUCUCACCAAUCGAUUUAUCAGAAUUCUCAUGCUAUUGUACCAGGUAUGGUUUUUCCUAAUGAUUCACAUAUUUCCGAUGAAAUUCCUUGCAAAUCUGAAGAAAAUAUGUUGAGUGAACAUAUAUAUGAUCAAAAACCUGAUGUAGUUUUGAUAGAUGCUAACUUUUCUGAUGGUGCACUACUCUGCAAUGACAUUCUUAAUGAAUUUCAUGAGAAUAUUUUAGAAGAAUCAAAUCCUUAUGUUAUAUCAUAUGUUACCUGUCCUUAUAAUGCAUAUGAUCCUUGUGAAAAACCUGUUCAUUGCGAAGCACGAGUAUUAAGUGAGCUCAAUUUUGAUUACAAUUCGGAUGAUUUCAUACCAACUGCUGUUCAUCCUUAUCACAAAUCCACUUAUAAUGUAUACUCUAGUCAAUAUGUUUUAAAUGAAGUCACAUUAUUCAUAACUUGGGGAUAUAAAGAUCCAACAUUAUUUCGUGGGGGAGGAUAGUGUUGAAAAAUAUAUGGUUUCAAUUCUAGAUAUUAAUGAUUUCGGUACAAAACCGACAUGCUGAUUGUAUACAAUUCCAGGUUAGUCUGUUCCGAUUCCGUUUGUUAAUUCUAAUACUAAUGAGUGUAUUCUAGAUAAUACAGAGUUUUUAUCCAAUACAAUGUCGGACAGACUCAGGAUGAAGUUAACAAGAAGACAUACAACCGAUUACAAACACUUAUGCUUCUAUUUAAGCUGUGGCGGAUGUGGUGUUUGAAUUGACUAAUGAUACUUUUAUACAUGUUGAUUGCACAACUUCGAAUUCCAAAUACAGUACAUUCGUUUGUG